AUGACUAGAUAUCUUUCCUUCCUAUUCCUUCUCAUCCUCUUUGGCAACUCUGUCUUCACGGCGGUCAUUCCAAAGUCCUAUGGUUCUGACGAUCAUGAAGUCACUGCAGAACGCGAGGAUGAGCCGGGGAAUGACCUAGUCUUGGAUGACAUGUGGAGCCUUGAGGAUGGUAGUGGAAGUCUCAACACUCGUGCCACCGACGCUGCCGAUAGUUCAGAUGAGGCAGCCCUUCUCGAUGAGAGACAACCCCUAGCCCCUGAAGACCCGAGUGCGUCAAAACGUGAUGACACAAGCUCAACGGAUCUACCCUUGUCAGAUACCAUUGUGGCUCGAGCUCCUGAAGAAUGCAGACGUGCGCUUGGCACGGGCGUUGACUCCUGUAAAAAGAGUGUGCAAAGUGGGGUCGCAAACUGCAAGAAGAAAAUCCAAGACGACAUUGCAAAAUGCAAGGUCGAUGCAAAAGGGGAAAUUGAUCGGUGCAAAAAGAAAGCUAAGGACCCUUUUUCAAAGGCUCGCUGCGAGUCCCGACGGCCUAAGCUCAUGGCCCAGUGUGAAUCCCGAAGAGCAAAGAUUCCGCUUUGUGAAAAAGCUCGCCCUAAGGUUCUUCUGUGCUGUGAACGCAUGCGACCGCAAUUCCAGGCUCUCUGUGCUAUCCCAUCGUUCCCGGUCUCAGUUGUCCGCUCUCGAUUGCAGGAUGCGCAACAGCAAUGCAUGAAGGGCUUUAUUAUCUAA